CACGCUCUCCUCUUCGUUCAUCUUUCAGCAUUCAAACUCUCCACCAACCAAACCCACCUGCCCUGAUCACAGUCAGAGUCGCAACAGGCACAGUCGCAACCAGUCGCACAGUCGCAACCAGUCACAUCAUCACGUUGUCACCUCCUCUCCUCCUCCUCCUAACUUCCUCACUUCCCUGACUUCCUUUUGCUUCCUUGUUUGGGUUACCAAAAGGCGAGGACACUGCCAAGCACGCAAGCAAGCCCUUUUGGCGUCCCCUGUACCCCUCCUUUCUCCCUUGCCCUCCAGCCAGAAAUGUUCAGGCUGCGCCGGAAGAAGAAGAGCAGCGGCACCAUCCUGUGCUGCGUGCAUCUUCCCAAUGAUAGCUCCAUCAACCUCGCCAUCGACGAGAAGGCACGUGGAUUGGAUCUCUGGCGAGACGUGAUGGCUUCGCUCUCUCUGCCAGAGCAAGACUUUUUUGGACUCAAGUACGCCGCCCCCGACAAGGCAUGGAAGCGAAAAAGCUCGCGGCUGACCUUUCGUCGCGCUUCAAAGAAGCAGAACAACGGUCUGCGCGAUGUGCACACAUCCCUGACCUGGGUACAACUCAAUGACAAGCUUUCAGAACAGCUUGGACAGCCCGAUCCGUACCUGAACGAGGAUCUACCCCCAAGCGUCGUUCGUCCAGACGACCUCCAUGGCACUUGGCAUGUUUACAUGGCAGUCAAGUUUUACGUCGGCCCAACAAUCACCUCAUGGUGGUCACACGCUUCAAAAGAGCUACUGUUUCAUCAGCUCCGCCAUGAUGUCGCCUGCGGCCUCCUGGAGGUCCCCUUGGAUGUUGGCGUCAAGUUGGGCGGGUACGCCAUGCACGUGAUUGAGGGUGACUUUGAUCCGGGCAAACACAGCGGCCUGGACUAUCUCUACGCCUACCAUUUCCUCCCAAAGACCGACGAUGACACGCUCAAGGCCAUUCAGCAAGAGCAUCGCCAGUGCCGCGGCAUGAUCACUUCAGCCGACGCCCUCACGCAGUUCAUUGACACAUGUCAGCACCUCGAAGAAUACGGCGUCCUCAUGUUUCACGCUUUUCACAACAACACGCCGAUUGUGGCUGGCGUGUCUCCAAAAGGCCUUUAUGUCUACAAGGACAAGCGACGGCUGUACUCCCACCCAUGGCACGCGUUGCGAAAGCUUGACUACUCUGGAAAAAAGCUGCACGUUGUGCUGUUGCAACGCGAGGUGCAAUCAGCCACACACCCACACAUUACCCUUGUCUUCUCCACCCAAGAGGCCUGCAAAGCGUUUUGGAAGGCCGCCAUUCAUCACCACACCUUCUUCCACCGCAAGACGCCAAGCCUCAAGUCUCUUGCGGUUGGCUCUGAGUCCGCUGUGACACUGCACCAAGCCGUGCACUCCGCUCGAAGCAACAACAAGCUCCUUCUCAAGGCGGGACUCAGCAAAGAGACAAUGCACCUGCCAUCUGUGGGGCAUUCGCAGCGCCCAUCCCACGAUGCAUCCAAAGCUUCCCUCGCCUCCCUCAUUGCAGGCGUGCAAGCCACGCCACGCCCAAGCAACGCAGACAAGCACAACACGUGGGUGCGGCGCGCCGUUAUGAUCGGCAGCAGUCCAGAUGUCAUUGGAGGCCUGUCGGCCGAGCGCGGAGAAAUUGUGGAGAUCGUGGACUCGUCAGAUCACGACUGGUGGCUCGUCAAAGCUGCACAGGAUGUUGGAAGGGUGCCUGCGCGCAUGGUGCGUGAGUUUCGGUGCGAGCCGCACCACGUCGUUGAAGCGUUGUCGGACUUUGCCUCCGAGGAGCUUGCGUUCAACAAGGGCGAUGUGCUGUUCAUUCUCAAGGAGCAACCGGACAAGCUCGUGGUGACAACGGGGACAGCACACGGCGAGGUGCCGGCCAAGGUCAUCAACUUUGACUUUGCAAAGAGCAGAUACUACGACGAAGAAGAAGAAGAAGAAGAAGAGGUGGUGGAAGGGGAUAUGGAUGGCAGUGGCAUCAGUUGGAAGAGAACAAGCCGCCGCAGUCCAUCCAUUCUUUGAGAAGGGAACAGCAUGCGGAACUAGAACAAAAUGACCACAUUCCCGUGGUGGAUCAGACCACCAGAUGAGACGAGUGGGCUGUCUUUGUUUCCGCAUGCCAUUGUUGCGUCAUAACGUUUGAUCGUGAAUCUGUUGCUGUCGUCGUCAUUCACCGUUUGCGACUUCUUUGAGUUUCUCGUUGCUGAAGUUUAGCAUUGGAAGCAACGUGGGCUGUGCUUCCUCUCUUUCCUCCGUCGUUGUUGCUGCUGUUCAUUUAUUUGCUCUUUGCUCAUUUUGCCCGCACGCUCAUACGCCCUCCAUAUUGUCGAAACUAGCUGUCAAACAAGUCAAAAACAGUCCCAACACCUCUG